AUGGAAGGUGAAGAGUCUCCACAAAGGGAGCAAUUUGUCAGACCUCCGCUCGAUCUGUGGCAGGAUUUUAAGGACGGCAUUCGCUACGUGAUUUUUAAUCGCAAAGCCAACCUUGUUAUCAUGCCCUUGCUUGUCUUGUUCGAAAGUAUGCUGUGCAAGAUCAUCGUCAAGAACGUGGCUUACACAGAUAUCGAUUACAAGGCGUACAUGGAACAAAUUGAGAUGAUCCAGCUCGAUGGCGUGCUAGAUUACUCUCAGGUAAGCGGUGGCACGGGUCCGUUGGUGUAUCCAGCGGGCCACGUCUUGGUCUACAAGCUCAUGUACUGGCUAACAACGGGAAUGGACCACGUUGAGCGCGGGCAGGCACUUUUCAGAUUCUUAUAUCUCUUGACACUAGUGUUGCAGAUGGCGUGUUACUACCUCCUGCAUUUACCACCGUGGUGCGUGGUGCUGGCAUGUCUCUCCAAGAGAUUACACUCUAUUUACGUGCUACGGUUGUUCAAUGACUGCUUCACUACUCUGUUCGUGGUCAUUACGGUUUUGGGAGCUAUCUUGGCAAGCAAGUGCCUCCAACGUCCCAAAUUAAGGAAGUUUCUGGCACUUCUGAUCUCCGCAACAUACAGCAUCGCCGUAAGCAUCAAGAUGAAUGCACUGUUGUAUUUUCCCGCAAUGAUGAUCACGCUGUUCAUCCUCAAUGAUACAAGCCUAGCCCUGACUGUGUUGGACCUGGUUAUGAUGAUCGCAUGGCAAAUCGCAGUUGCGGUGCCAUUCCUGCGCAGUUUCCCGCAGCAAUACCUACAUUGCGCCUUCGAUUUCGGCAGAAAGUUUAUGUUCAAGUGGAGUAUCAAUUGGCAAAUAAUGGAGGAAGAGGCGUUCAAUGAUCAGAGGUUCCAUUCGGCCCUCCUGAUCAGCCAUUUGGUCGCCCUUAUUACGCUAUUUUUCUCUAUGUACCCAUUUAUCCUUCGAGACUUGUGGUCUUCCCUACGCCAUCCGCUGAGAACAAAUGCCGUUGCAACCACUAAUUCCGCCAAGACUAUUCCAUGUAUUCUCAUCAUGUCUAACUUCAUAGGAGUGCUUUUCUCUAGAUCGCUCCACUAUCAGUUUCUAUCCUGGUACCACUGGACCCUACCAAUACUGAUCUUCUGGUCUAGAAUGCCCUGCUUAGUUGGUCCGAUCUGGUACGCCCUACACGAGUGGUGCUGGAAUUCGUAUCCGCCUAACAUCAAUGCCAGCACGCUACUGUUGACAUUGAACUCCGGCCUAUUGUUACUGCUGGCCUUGACGCAACUCUCUGGCUCGAACAUACCCAUUGAGAAUCAUAUCUGUACCACUAGUUUGAUGGAAAAGAAGCUCAACUAA